AUCGUUUGUUUUCACUAUAAAGAAGCCGGAGAUGCUUUCAUUUUUGUACUCUUGCAUUCUCUGUUUACUCUCAUUUUCGUCGUUCCUUUUCGUCUCUCUGCUUCAUUACAAUACAUAUUAUCAGCGUGGAAUCAACGCACUUCGUAGCAAAAACUUCUGAAAAAUGGCGAACCCAAUUUCAUUCUUUCAACUGAACACCGGCGCUAAGAUCCCUUCCGUCGCUUUGGGUACGUGGCAAUCUGACCCCGGACUCGUCGGCGAAGCUGUCGCCACCGCCAUUAAGGUUGGAUACCGCCAUAUUGAUUGUGCUCAGUUCUAUGGCAAUGAGAAGGAGAUUGGUUUGGUUCUGAAGAAGCUGUUUGAAGAUGGUGUGGUGAAGCGUGAGGAUUUGUGGAUUACUUCCAAACUCUGGUGUACUGAUCAUGCUCCUGAAGAUGUUCCAGUGGCAUUGGAUAGAACUUUGCGAGACUUGCAGCUUGAUUAUAUUGAUCUAUACCUUAUCCAUUGGCCAGUCCGGAUGAAGAAGGGGUCUGUAGGCUCUAAGCCAGAAAACCUUGUUCAGCCAGAUAUACCUAGCACUUGGAAAGCAUUGGAAGCCCUCUACGAUGCUGGCAAAACUCGAGCUAUUGGUGUGAGCAAUUUCUCUUCAAAGAAAUUGGAAGAUUUGAUCAAGGUAGCACGUGUUCCUCCUGCUGUUAACCAGGUUGAGUGUCAUCCUUCUUGGCAGCAGACAAAGUUACAUGCAUUUUGUAAAUCCAAUGGAGUUCACCUUUCUGCAUUUUCGCCAUUAGGUUCUCCUGGCACGACACGGCUAAAGAGUGAUGUCCUCAAGAAUCCAAUUUUAGUUACAGUUGCGGAGAAAUUAGGCAAAACGCCUGCACAAGUUGCCCUUUGCUGGGGGCUGCAAAUGGGUCAUAGUGUGCUUCCAAAGAGUACAAAUGAAGCAAGGAUCAAAGAGAACUUUGAUGUCUUUGACUGGUCCAUACCCGACGACUUGUUCACCAAGUUCUCUGAAAUUGAGCAGGCAAGACUGAUUAAGGGGACCUCAUUCAUCCAUGAGACUUAUGGCGUAUACAGGACUAUUGAGGAACUCUGGGAUGGCGAAAUCUGAGCAGUUGGAUAAGUACUGGUUAUUGGAGACAGAAGCAAAAGCGAACAUUUGAUGUUUUAUCUUUAUGCUUGAUAUUUCAGUGAUAAAAAAAGAGUUUUAGAUGUCUGGUAAUGGUUUUUAUGGGGAGGAACCCUUUCAAAUGUGAAGUUUUAUGUUGGCAUAAUUGAAUACUAGUUAUGUUUUUUUC